GGCAUGAUAAUUCUUAUAUUGCCUUAUAACAUUCCUUCACAUUCCUUUUUCUAAGGAUGUACUGGAAAACAGAUAAUUUAAUGUCCAAUGAUAUUGAUAGUGAUAAUAGUGACAUGAGUAUAGAUAGGAUAUCAAACCAAGAUAUAAACAGUGAUGAUGAGAGUUCAACAAACGAAUCUGUAUCAGAUAGCAAUGAUGAUAUUAUUCCUGUUAUUAUGAAGUCAAAAGCCUUGACAUUUAUUUCAACAGAUGGGCCAUCCCAGCAAAAUAAUGACAAUGUUGAUGAAGACUCUAUUAAUUCAGAUGCAGAUGAAGUUGUUCAAGCUAUAUUACAUGCAAAGAAACUGCAUAGGAAUCAUCCGCCCUCUAUUACAUUGGAAGAUAUGAUAACGGAUAUAUGUUUUCAUCCUAAAUUGGACACCAUAGGCAUAGCCAGUAUUACGGGAGAUGUUUUCAUGUAUAAAUAUAACAAUGAAGAGACCAAUCUUGUAUCGACCAUAGAAUUGCAUCUUAAAGCUUGCCGGGAUAUUGAGUUUAGUGAGGAUGGACAGUUGUUAUUCUCAACUGGAAAAGAUCUGUGUAUAGCGAUAACCAAUGUAGAAACGGAACAACUAGUCAGAUUGUACGACAAAGCUCACGAGCAACCUGUAUACACAAUGACGAUUAUCAGCGAGCAUGUAUUUGUAACAGGCGACGACGAUGGUGUAGUAAAACUCUGGGACCUCAGGCAAAAGGGAAGCGUGCCGAUAUUUUCUAUAAAGGAGGCAGAAGAUUACAUCAGUGCAAUGAUAACCAAUACAGACGCCAAGUAUUUAGCUUGUGCUAGUGGUGACUGUCUGACAACUAUAAACAUACCUGAAAGAAAACUGCAUGUACAGUCCGAGGAAUACGACGAUGAACUGACCUGUCUUGGCUUAUUUAAAAUGGAAAGUAAAUUAUUAACGGCUAGUAAUAAAGGGAAAAUGUAUGUAUAUAAUUGGGGAGAAUUUGGACUACAUUCGGAUGAAUUUCCAAGUGUCAAAAAGAAAGCAAUUAAUUGUAUGAUUCCCAUUACGGAAAAUGUAGUGAUAACUGGUGAAGAAGAUGGAAUAGUUAGGGCAACCAGUUUGUUUCCUCAUCAUCAUCUUGGCAUAGUUGGACAACAUAACUUUUCCGUCGAGACACUCGAUAUCAGUAAUGACGGGACUUUAAUAGCAUCUUCUUCGCAUGAUAAUGAUAUCAAAUUCUGGAAUGUACAAUAUUUUGAGUCCCUAAAUGUUACUGAACCCAAAAAGGGUGAAAAGCGAAAAUGGCUCGAACAUAAUCUUCCUAGUAGUAAAAUUCAUAAUCGAUCUGAUUUCUUUGCAGAAUUGUAA